AUGUCGCAAAGCACGGGAUCCACCGGGCAACGCAGGAAAACAACCGAGGCUUGCAACCCAUGCCGCGCGCGAAAGCUGAAGUGCAACGGGAUGCUCCCCUGCGAAUCAUGUGAAAGGAACAAGGUACAAUGUUCCUAUGACCCUUCGACAUCUGCGAGCAGACUUGCUGGUGGUCUUGAUAUCAUCAAUGCGAGGGUCAUGGAGCUCGAAAGAGCCGUUUUCGGUGAGAGGACAUAUCAGCCUAGGAGAACGGUUGAGUUGACAGAUGCCCCACAGAUCACAAAUGAUACAGUGUCUGGUGUCACGUUCGUCGACGAAAAAACGGGAGUAGCAAAUUAUUUUGGCUCUACGUCAACGAUAGAUCUCCUCAAAUCAUUUCACGAGGCAGUUCACGAGACAGUUCAAGUGGUAUUAGAUCAUGCUCCCUCCAGUGGAGCCGACGAACGGGCAAGCAAGCGACAGCGGCGGGAAGCAGUUGAGCACCCAAUAAAUUCUGAUGCCUCUUGCGACUUCCGAAUACAGGAUAUAUAUGCCUCCCCAACUGUCCGAAGGGCGACUAGCUGGUGGCCAAGCGGAAACCUCGUUGAGGUCCACCUAGACCACUUCUUCGGUAUCGUCUAUAGCACAAUCCCAAUCUUCGACGAAAAAGUAUUUCGUGCCACCUUCAGACGCUUCGCGAACACUUCAGAAUGUUCUCAAAGUCUACAAUGGAAAUGUCUCACAUACUCUAUCUUAGCUCUGGGGGCUCUAUACUCACCCAACGACACCGAAUGUGCAGCCAGGUAUUUUGCCGAAGCACAGGGUCUUCUCGGAAGUUUGCUUGGGGUCAGCGCCUUGCGGACUGCGCAAGCAGCUUUACUGAUGGCCGUAUAUGCUCAUUAUACGGUUCAACACAACCUUGCAUAUGACUACUUAGGAAUUGCUAUCAGGUUUGCGUACUCGGCAGGAUUGAACAGAAACUUCGACGAAGCCGGCUUUACCAACAUUGUCGUACAGGAGGCCAGGCGAACGUGGUGGACCCUGUAUAGCCUGGAGUCCGAGCUGUGUGUGGAAUAUGGCAGACCACUGUGUAUUCGAGAAACGGAUUCUAUAGCGUCAUACCCACAAGAGACUCUGGUGAUUAUUAUAACCUCAUUGAUCUCGAUGAGCUAUCUGACGAGAAUUCAGGACGAGAUAGCCAAUGUUAGCAGAGUAUCCUUCAUUAUUGUCAUGGCCAAGUUUUCCAGAACCGUCCGGAAGAUCAUUGACUUGGUUUCAAACAUCGAUGAAAAACGAAAUGGAAUAAAAUCCUUCGCUGGCCGGCUCAUGAAUCUCCAAGCGGAACUCAUGACUUGGAGAGGGGAGUUGCCGGUACAUCUCGCGCCCAAAGAUACCGCAACAAGUGAGGGACUGCGCGCAAGAGAAAAAUUUGCGUGGGUCCGGCGGCAGUGCUGCGACAUUGAACUUCGUGAGUGA